AUGGACAAAUUUGUAAAAAGAAUUGAUUCUCCAAAAGAUGAUGAUGCACAAGCACAAUCUGAUGUCAGAGCGAGUAGUAGUACUACUGGCUCAGAUAUUCACAAUUGUAGAGGACAAUGCUAUGAUGGCGCAAGCAAUGUUAGUGGACACAUCAACGGACUCCAACAGAAAAUCAGAAAUGUUGAGCCGAGGGCCAUUUAUGUGCACUGUUUGGCACACAAUUUGAACUUAGUUGCUCAAGAUGCCAUGCGAGUCACUCCACAAGUCAGAGAUUUUCUAGUAACAAUGAGAGAACUGAUUAUAUUAGUAACAAAAUCACCUAAGCGUUUAGCUUGGUUCGAACGGCUUCAAAGAGAUGCGGUAAUAACUGAAAAUGAGCACCCAAAAGAAAAUUUGAAAAAACUCAAGCCUUUUCGUCCAACCAGAUGGUGCGUUCGUAUAAAAUCUCUCAAAACCAUUAUAGAAAACUACGAAGUAUUAUUACAAUUUCUCCAAGAGCUUAGUUUGGAUUCGAAGAAUGAGAUAGGUGCUAGUGCUUCUGGUCACUUGAAAAAGUUUUAUGAAUUUGAAUCAUGCUUCCUGUUGAGAACACUUAUUAUGAUCUUGGAAAAAAUAGAAAUAUUGAACGCUGCUCUGCAAAAUUCUAAGCUAAACUUCCAUGAUGCCCAAGCCAAUAUUGAUGUGAUGUUAUCACAUUUGAAGAAUAUCAGGAAUGAUAGUGAAUAUGAUCAACUGUGGAGAGAAGUUGAGGCUGACGCAAGAAAGUUGAAUCUAGAUGAAGCCAAGUUAACUCGACAAAGAAAAGCUCCUAGAAAAUAUGACAGCGGUAGCGAACCACACCAGUUCGACAACACGCAGAUCUACUACAGGAAAAUUCAUUUCGAAAUAUUGGAUUCGGUUAUUAUCGGUAUUGAGAGACGAUUCAAUAAGGAGAUAAAUAAUCAUUUGGCUGAAAUGGAGUCAUUCGCUUUAGGCGGGGAAAAUCAGAAAGUUGUGGAAAUGUAUAAAGCAGAUUUCAUAAUUGACCGAUUAGUUUUACAUAGGAACAUGUUUCUUGAUGUAAUGAAAGAAAAUAAUUUCGAGAAUGAACACAAUUAUGCUGAUGUGGAAGAACAAUUAGAGGAUAUAUCUUCUUCAUAUUGUGAGAAUGAUGAUUCAAUAAUAAUUGAAAAUUCUGAGAAAGAGAACCAAGAAAGCAUCACUGUUGAAGAAAAUAAAAAAGAAGAGAACAAACAAAAAAAAAGGAAUGAAGAGAAAAAGGACAAUGGCAACCCAGAGAUUAGAAAAUUCUCAAAAUGCCUGUGA